CCUUGAAGCGUCUUCUUCUUCACAGGCUUUAGGAGACCCCUCCAUCUCCUCUCCAAACCAACAGCCAUGGCUUUAACCUCCUCACCACCAAAUCCUUCAGCACACGCUACUUAACUCCCCUUCUUCAUCCAUCACUUCCUCAUAGCCACCAAAUCGCCGGAAAUCCGACAUUCAUCAGCUCUCCCUUUCUCUUCAAUUAUUUUUUUUAUCUCAUCUCUAACCUUGGAGAAAUGAAAAUAAAGACCUGACAAGCUUGGAGACCAAAAGCAAUAGAAAAAUCGAAUUUCAAAGAAGAUCUGAAAGGGAGUUUGGUCGGUGAAAUGUUAAAAUUCGACUUCCUUCUUUCUCUGGGCUCGUAUGAAGCUGUGAAUGGACUGUGUGUUGCUGAACUCGCUAUUCCCGAUUUGUAAAGUUCUAAUCAUCUUCAUCGCUAUCCUUACUUGGUUAUUUGGGACUGUAUUACUGCCGCUAAGUUAACUAAGGAAAUGGAAACAAAGACCUGACAAGCUUGGAGACCAAAAUCAAUAGAAAAAUCGAAUUUCAAAGAAGAUCUGAAAGGGAGUUUGGUCGGUGAAAUGUUAAAAUUCGACUUCCUUCUUUCUCUGGGCUCGUAUGAAGCUGUGAAUGGACCGUGUGUUGCUGAACUCGCUAUUCCCGAUUUGUAAAGUUCUAUUCAUCUUCAUCGCUAUCCUUACUUGGUUAUUUGGGACUGUAUUACUGCCGCUAAGGUGUAUGCCUAGAAAUUCUUCGAGGAAUGGAGAACUGCUUGAAGGACUUUCAGACCCCGAGAAAAUAUUCAGAGGCAUUGAACCGUGCCAACAAGAGGAUCCAACAAUCACAACAACCACACCAGCUUGAAAUUGACAUGGGUGACGUAGAGAAUGCCAACGGAAACAUCAGGGAUUAGCCAACUGACCCAAACGUCAGAGUGGUGGCACCUCUUGUGCCAGAAGCUACACUUUAUGAUUGGGCUCAAACCACAGCUGACAAUCUGGCAACUACCAUAGUUGUGCCUGCAAUUCAAAUGGAGACAUUCCAGAUCACCAACAAUAUGUUGCAUCUGCUACAGAAUAAAAGAUUGUUCUCCAGGUCACAUAUUGAAGACCCUCAGCAAUAUUUGAAAAACUUUCUGUCAAUUUGUGUGACUCAAAGGCAGCCAAAUGUGACCCCAGAAGCUAUCAAGCUAUUAUUGUUCCCAUUCUCUGUGACUGGGUAAGCUCAGACUUGGCUGAAUUCACUCCCAAUCAAUUCCAUUGUCACCUGGGAGGAAUUAGUAAAACAGUUCCUGAAUAAGUUCUACCCGCCCAACAAGACUGCAAGGCAGAUUGAUGAAAUAUUGCAGUACAAGCAGUAGCCGACUGAGACCUUGCAAGAAACUUGGGAAAGAUUUAAAGGGAUGCUGGUGAAGUGUCCUCACCAUGGCAUUCCAGACCAGAUGCUUGGCCAGAGAUUCUACAUGGGGUUAGCUGACAAUCUAAAGGCCAAUGUGGAUGCUUCAGCUGGAGGUGCAUUUUUGAGUAAGACAUUCACCGAGUGCAAAGUCCUUCUUGACAAGAUGUCCCAAAAUUCGGGGUGGAUGACUAGAGGUACAACACUAGCACCCAUAGUGCAUUCAGUUCCUCUUGACCCAAAUAAUUCGCAUGCAGAGAACAUGGCCACACUCAUGACUCAGAUGAGUAUUUUGACAAAGAAGAUAGACGAGAUGGGUACCAAACAUGUGCAUUUUGUUGACACGACAAAUGGAGGACUGUGUACACCCUGUGUUAAUCAGUCUUAUGUGUGUUCAUGGAGCGGAGAAGGUGAAAAUCAAGGGGCAAGGGAAGAUAUGAAUUAUGUUAACAACUUUGGGGGUCAGAGAAAAGGAGGACAACAGUGGAGACCGGCACCAAAUCAGCAAUACAAACCCAACAUGCCUCAGCCUGGGGGCAUGCAAGUUCAAGGCCAAAUAGUGCCAUACCACCAGAGACAACAGGGCUACCCACAACAGAACUAGCAACAGUUGACAUAUCAACCACCUCCUCAGCAACAAGAUAACAACAUGGUAGAGAUCAGGGGGAUGCUCCAGCAACUCAUUGGGACAAAUGAUAAGAUGCAAGAAAAGUUGGCAGUACAUGAUUCAGCUAUAAAGAACAUUGAAACUAAGUUAGGGCAGUUGUCUAUGGUUUUAAACAACUGCCCUCAGGGAACAUUGCCAGCAGACACAAAUAUUAACCCUAAGGAGCAAAACCCGAAUCAGCUAAUGGUAGUAAGUCUCCGGAAUGGGAGAGAUUUAGACAAAGAGCAGGAGGUUGCACAAGCCAGCAAAAAGACUAUGUCAGCCACUCCAAUUCCACUAGAGGUAGAUGAACCAUCAAAUCUGAUUGAAGUGGUGGUUGAACAGGGUCAAGAUGAAAAGGGUAAGGCUAAGGUAAAUGAACAAGUUGCAGAACAGGUGGUGCCUCUUGUGCCACAAAACCCCAACAGAGAGAAGCCAGCAAGCAGUGCACAAAGGGUGAUACCUGCACCAUUCCCUCAGAGACUGGUAAAACAAAGGAAGGAAUAUCAAUACAAGAAAUUCAUAGAGAUGCUGCGUCAAAUUCAGUUGAAUAUUCCUUUGAGGGAUGCCUUGAGGGAGAUGCCAGGUUAUGCGAAGAUGAUGAAAGACAUAAUGUCACGGAAGUUUGAUUUUCAGGACCUAUCCACAGUGACUCUGACGCAGACCUGCAGCGCAGUAGUGACCAGACCGAUGGCUCAAAAGAUGUCCGACCCAGGUAGCUUCACUAUUCUAUGCACGAUUGGGAGUUAUGCCUUUGCAAAAGCAUUAUGUGAUUUGGGAGCCAGCAUAAAUUUGAUGCCUCUGGCUGUAUAUACCAAACUGGGCAUUGGCAGAGCUAGACCGAUUUCGAUGUUACUACAGCUGGCUGACUGCAUGGUAAAAAAGGCGUACUAGGAUUCUUGAUAAUGUGUUGGUGCAAGUGGGGAAGUUUGUGUUCCCUGCAGACUUUGUUAUUUUGGACUGUCAGGUAGAUGAGGAGAUACCUAUCAUUUAGGUAGGCCAUUUUUGGCCACUGGGAGAGCACUGAUCGAUUGUGAGACUGAGGAAUUAAAAAUGAGACUGAACGAUGAAGAAGUCAUAUUCAAUGUUCAGCAAUCUAUGAGGAGACCUAGUGAAUAUGCUAAUUGCUCUCUAGUGGAGGCAGUGGAUGUGAUCCUUCAAGAAGAUGAUGUAACCCUGAUUGCUAAAGAUCCAUUAGAGGCAUGUCUGAAAAAUUUAGAAGAGAUGGAUGGUGAAGGGUUAGCUGAGUGGGUCAUGGCACUUGAAGGCCAAAGAUUCUGGAAAAGGGAACCUCAGUUCGAGUCCUUUGAGUUAGAAAAAAGGGCUACACCUCCAGCAAAGCCAUCAGUAGAGGAACCACCCAAGCUGGAGCUGAAGCCGCUCCCAGCUCACCUCAGGUACAUUUUCUUAGGCCCUGAUUCUACUUUGCCUGUUAUUAUAUCAUCCGGUUUGCUAGAUGUGCAGGUAGAACAGCUCUUACAGGUACUGCAGGAAAGUAAGACUGCCAUUGGUUGGACCAUGGCAGACAUAAAGGGUAUCAGCCCAACCUUCUGUAUGCAGAAGAUUCUCUUGGAAGAAGGGCACAAACCUUCCAGAGAACAUCAACGAAGGCUGAACCCGAACAUGAAAGAGGUAGUAAAGAAGGAAGUGAUCAAAUGGUUAGAUGUGGGAAUCAUCUUCCCCAUCUCUGAUAGCAAUUGGGUCAGCCCUGUCCAAUGUAUGCCAAAAAGGGGGGGAAUGACUAUUGUGCAAAAUGAGAACAAUGAGUUGAUCUCAACUCGUACAGUCACGGGAUGGCGAAUUUGGAUGGAUUACUGAAAAUUGAACACAGUCACCCGGAAGGACCACUUCCCCUUGCCUUUCAUUGACCAAAUAUUGGACAGGCUGGACGGGCGAUCGCACUUCUAUUUUUUGGAUGGAUAUUCAGGGUACAGUCAGAUAUCAAUAGCCCCCGAAGAUAGAGAGAAAACAUCCUUCAUUGUCCGUAUGGCAUCUUCGCCUUUCGGAGAAUGCCUUUUGGGACCGGCGACAUUUCAACGGUGCAUGUUAGCCAUUUUCACAGACAUGGUGGAGGAUAUUAUGGAGGUCUUUAUGGAUGAUUUCUCCGUGGUGUGAAAUUCAUUCGAGGACUGUCUUCACAACUUAAGAAGAGUGCUCAAAAGAUGUGUGGAGACAAAUUUAGUGUUGAACUGGGAGAAGUGCCAUU